AUGAACCGUGCCUUAGUUCAACUGAGAUUACUACUGUGGAAAAAUAUUUUGCAACAAUUUCGAUCGCCAUGCUUUACAUUCUAUGAACUAUUCGUGCCAUUUUUCCUGAUUGCUCUCUUUUUUGGUUUAAUGAUCGGGUUACGCGAUCGUUUUGAAAAAUCACACAAUGAAACAAUAUAUCCAUCUUGGUACGUUCAAGGAAAUGCUUUUGAUCUCAUAAUACCACCGGACACCAAAAACAUGUCGGGCUCCAUGAUAGAUCCCUUGGUUUUAUUUCAAGGACCUAAAAGUGAGGAUUGUAUUUUUUUAAAUAUAACAAAUGAAAAGGAUUCAACAAAAUUUCAUAUCAAUCUCGAAAUUGCGUAUUCGCCUAACAAUUUCAAAAUUAAUCGGAUUAUGAAUACUGUUAAAGAAAGAUUUACAAAUUCAAAUAUUCUUAGUUUACUGAAAUUUCUAAACUUAAAUACCACCGAUAACGAAGGAUUGCAGUAUUUAUUGAAUUUGACUAUUUCAUCAGAAGCAUCGCUAACGAGUGGAAUAGUGUUCGACGAAGAUUUUGCUAAUUCCAACGAAACUACCAAUAUUUCUUAUAAAAUUCGUUUAUCAAAUACGAAACGUCGUUUCGUUAACCCACUAUUCGGUAAAUUGCCAUGGGAUACAAGAAUAAAUUUCGCUAUUCAACUUAUAUCCGGUCCGAUUGAUCCAAAUGAUGCUGGAGGCGGAGACCCAGGAUAUUGGCAAGAAGGUUUUCUUACUUUACAAAGAGCGGUUGACAUAGCGAUAAUACAGUACAUAAAUGGAAACCAUACUGAUCAAGAGCUAUAUGUCAAAAUGCAACGAUUUCCAUAUCCACCUUAUCAAAAUGAAAUCAUAGAAGUUGGUGAAUUUUUUCUACCCGUAUUGAUAAUAUUUGCUUUUUUACCCAAUAUUAUAUAUACAGUUCGAAUUAUUGUCGCUGAGAAGGAGGACCACUUAAAGGAAUAUAUGAUAAUAAUGGGUCUUUCGCGUUGGAUACAUUGGUUAUCAUUUUUCAUCGUAAGCUAUGCAAAAUUAUUGCUCAUGGUCGUUGUAAUAACAAUACUACUUCACAUCGUUACCAUCAAAAGCGACCCUACGGUGGUUUUUGUAUUUUUCCUUUUGUACUCCUUCGAUGCCGUUUAUUUUUCAUUCGUUUUAUCCACAUUUUUGCAGUCUGGGACUGCGGCAACAUUAGUUGCUGUUCUUGGUUGGAUGUUACUUUAUUUUUGGACAUCUUUUUUCAAUGGAACCGAUAUUUUGGUACCAUAUUCAUUCGAAAUUAGGUUGUUGAAUUGCGUAAAUCCUAAUGUCGUACUGGCUUUUGCUUCGAAACUUCUCGCUCAACAUGAAAUACACGAUUGCGGGCUUCAUUGGGACAACCUUUUUCAAACAACUUCAGCCGAUGAUCCAUUAACAUUGGGGCAUCUUUUUAUUAUGCUUAUCAUUGAUGGUAUUAUUUUAAUAACCACUGCUUGGUAUGUUGAUGAGAUCACGCGAAUAGAUAAUGGUGUUCAGCGAAGACCUUAUUUUUUCAUUUUGCCAUCGUACUGGUUUCGCAAUUACACAAAUAAUCAAGUACCACAAGUUGAAUCGUCUGAUGAUCGAACAGAAGAUUCAACGAUCGAUGAUGAAAAUGGUGAGAUAGCCGAAAAGAAAGCUGUCUCCAACCUCAAUUUGAAAAUUUAUCGCGGUAAUUUGAUAGCUUUACUUGGUCACAAUGGCGCUGGAAAGAGUACAACAUUUUCUAUGCUUACAGGCACGACCGUUCCAUCAUCUGGUACAGCCUAUAUCGAUGGAUACGAUAUUCGUACAUCGCUGCCCGAGAUUCGCUCUCGACUUGGACUUUGUCCACAGCACAAUAUUCUAUUCAAUACUUUAACUGUAAUUGAGCAUCUUGAAUUUUUUUGCAAACUGAAAGGAAGAUUCUGGAACAAAUAUGAAGCAAUGCAACUGAUUAAUAGACUGAAAAUUGCUGACAAAUCGAAUAGUUAUGCUAACGUUUUAUCGGGUGGCCAAAAACGAAAACUUUCGCUUGCAAUAUCACUUAUCGGUGGAUCCGAGAUUAUACUAUUAGAUGAACCGACAUCAGGAAUGGAUCCUGAAGCACGACACGACGCAUGGUCACUUCUUCAAGGCGAAAAAAAAAAUCGAACGAUUCUUUUAACAACUCAUUACAUGGAAGAAGCUGACUUAUUGGGAGAUCGUAUCGCAAUUAUCUGUAACGGCGAAUUACAAUGUUGCGGUUCUAGCAUGUUUUUGAAAAAGAAAUAUGGCUCCGGUUAUCAUUUAACAGUAAUGUAUAAGACAAUUCAGUCAUUGCAGCAACAGGAAAAAGUAGUAAAAGAUAGUCUAGCUUUAAUCUCACAUUAUUGCCCGGAUGCUCAGAUACAGUCAUGCGCUGGGCUUGAAGCUACAUUUCUACUUCCAUCUGAAUUUCGAAGCAGGUUCCCAUCUCUGUUCCGUGAAAUGGAAGAAAUUGGCGAAUCGAUAGGAAUAUUGUCCUUUGGAGUAUCCAUCACGACUAUGGAAGAAGUGUUUUUAAAAGUGAAUCAGUUGGCGGCAAUGAAAAUUUUCGAUGACAAAUUAGCCUAUUUGAAAGAUGGUAGCAAUAACAUAUCAAAUGAUAUUUCUAUUCAGCGCCUACGAACAAAACGACGUCUUAUUGGAUCGCCAUUAUAUAUUCAACAUUUUCGAGCAAUGUUUAUCAAACGAUCAAUCUUUUUCUUUCGAAAGUGGACUCUUUUCAUUCCGCAAUUAUUAAUUCCAGUGAUAUUCAUGGCAUUGUUGGUUUGGUCAGCGAUUACUGUACCUUCAGCCAAAAUUCAAGCACCUCAAAUCAUUAACAUCCAACCUUAUUCGAAAGACAAGCCUGCAUCUAUUUUAGUGGAAAAUCAGACCAUAAGUGCAUAUGGCGAGAAACUGUCUUUGCCUUUGUCUUUGUUGAUUUAUAGAUUGUUAAAAGAAACCUUAGCCACAAGAAAUUCUGAAGAUUAUUUCUUGAUUAUGCCUUAUACUAAUGUGCCGAUGGAAAUCCUCGCAGAAUCAGAAAUGGCAAGCGAAGGAACCAGAGGAUUUGGACUUCAUAAUCCUGUAGCAUUUCGCCUAGAAGAGGACCAUUUUGGUUUUUUCUCUACAAAAUCAAUCGUUGCAAUGUUCAAUAAUUUUGGACGAUCUGCGCAGCCACUCGCAUUGAAUUUGGUCGAUUCAGCAAUUCUUCGAAUGGUGACGAAGAAAAAUACAACUAUAAAUACAGUCAAUCAUCCACUGCCUCCAACAGCUGGGGAUUCGUUAAAAACAAAAGAUGCCUAUAAUGGACCAGCAUUGUUAAUUGGUUACGCUAUAAUAGUGUCGAUGAGCAUGGUCGUCUCUGGAUAUUCUUGCUUUCUAAUACAGGAAAGAAGUCGAAAAGCUAAACAUUUACAGGUUCACAGUUCACUUAAGCAAAGCAGCAAACUAAUGAGUGGUUUGAACCCAUUAAUUUAUUGGACGACUGCUUUUAUAUGGGAUGCUAUUUGUUUUCUGCUGCCAGUUGUAUCAUUUAUCGCUAUUUUCGCAGCUUUUGAUAUCAGAGUUUACAUACAACGAUCAGAUGUUGUCUUAACUCUUAUAUUAAUAAUGUUGUUAUAUGGAUGGUCUCAAAUACCUUUUGUAUAUCUUCUCUCAUUUGCAUUUAAUCUUGCAUCUAAAGGAUAUUCGAUGAUUGUCGUCUAUAGUAUUAUUACAGGUAUAAUUGGUGCAAUAGCGGUGCCAAUAAUUGAACAAACCACAAAUGAUGAUACAGCAGAUAUCGUUUCCACAAUAUUGUCGUUAUUUUUUCCAACCUAUAAUCUCAAUAGCUGUUUCACGAAAAUCUAUGGCAAUGAGUGCCGACGUCAAGCUUGCUCAGUAACUGACUGCUCAUUCUCACAAAAUUUUGGCACACUUAUGAAUAUCUGCUGUGGAACUGAUGAUGAGCGUAUCUACACGAAUAAUAUCUUAAGCACAGCUGGCAAAAAAGGUUUACUCUUUUCAAUUAUAUUUUUCGUGGCUCAAGGAUUUACAUCUUGGUUCCUUAUAUUUUGCGUUGAAAGCGGCUAUCUAAGAAAAUGGUUCUUGGCACCGAAUUGUGACAACUUCCAGAUUGCCGAAAACCAAGAAGACGAAGAUUCUUGUGUUCAAAUGGAAAAAUCUUUAGUUCGAUAUAUGAACGAAUAUAGCGCACCUGUGAUUGCGAAGAAUUUAAAAAAAAUUUACGGCAACUUCGAUGCCGUAAAAGGUGUCAGUUUCUGCGUGGAUACUGGUGACUGCUUUGGAUUAUUAGGUGUGAAUGGUGCAGGAAAGACGUCAACAUUCCAGAUGUUAGCUGGUGAAAAUUCUAUAUCCUCCGGUGAUGCCUUUAUUAAAGGCCACAGUAUUGCAAUGCAGUGGCGAGAAGCAACAGCAGAAAUUGGUUAUUGCCCACAAUUCGAUGCACUUAUCGAUGAAAUGACAGGAGAAGAGACGCUAACGAUGCAUGCACGAAUUCGUGGAAUACAUAUGGAUGAUAUAUCAUCGAUCGUAAAUGCCGUUAUUGAUGCUGUUGGCAUCAAAAUUUGUGCAAAAAGAAUGGUAAAAACCUACAGCGGCGGAAAUAAGCGCCGUUUGAGUCUGGGUAUAGCGCUUGUUGGUCUUCCAGAAGUUUUGCUUUUAGAUGAACCGACUACUGGUGUUGAUCCCAAAGCUCGAAGAGCAGUAUGGAAUAUUCUCUUGAAGGUGAAAGAAAAAGGUACCUCGAUAGUUUUAACUUCUCACAGUAUGGAAGAAUGUGAAGUGCUAUGCAAUAAAGUUGCGAUUAUGUGCCAUGGUCGAUUCAAAUGCUUAGGAACCACUCAACAAAUUAAAUCCAGAUAUGGUGCAGGAUAUACGCUAUUAGUCCGGCUAACAUCGCAAUCUGAAGCUGAAGAUAUAAAAGCAGUUAUAAAAAAAGCUUUUCCUGAUUCAAUUCUAAAGGAACAACACCUCCUACAGCUUCGGUAUGAAAUAAUCAAAAACAAUGAGAACAAAUGGUCAAACAUGUUUAUGAAAAUUGAAGCAAUCAGCAGAAGAUAUAAAAUUGCCGACUAUUCAUUGUGCCAAGCCACACUGGAACAGGUAUUUUUGGAGCUUUCUCAUAACACAUCGAUAUCAAAUCGCAGUGCAAAUAAAUCAGUUUUACCUAGUUCAAAUAUUUUAAAUGACUGGACUUAA